AAAGGAGAUCCGCUUUGUACAGAGAGCGCGAGCAGCAGCCAGCGAGGCAUAAGCGAGCGCGCGAGCAAUGCGAUAGUGCGGGCAGCAAUGGUGAAAUCAGCCACGACAUUCUUUCCAAGGACAAACUUUUAUUUUUAAUGAUCGCUAUUAUCAUUUCGCACCAUCCAUUGGGGUUUUUUCUUUUCUUUUUUGGUGUCGUUUGCAUUUUGGGAGGGAGCUUUCUCCUCUCAAAUUUGAUUCUGAAGCAACACUUUUUUGAAGACCCUUGGAAAUUAUGUUCCGAUCGGCGCUGAUCCAACCGGCAAGAUGAUGAUUUUACCGAGGAGUGGGUUCGGUCGUGGUGCUGAUUCGGUGGUCUUGGUGUUGUUUUGGGUCUUGGGAAGCGUCGUAGCCAAGGAUACUGCCUUUGUGGAAGUUGUUCUUUUUGAGUCGAGCCCAAAUGGUGAUUAUACCACUUACACGACAGGUCUGCAAGGGCGCUUCUCCAGAGCCGGAGCCACUAUCAGCGCAGAGGGCGAGAUCGUGCAAAUGCACCCUUUGGGCCUGUGUAACAACAACGAUGAAGAGGACUUGUACGAAUACGGCUGGGUUGGAGUGGUCAAACUGGAGCAGCCCGAGUUGGACCCCAGCUGUCUUACUGUACUGGGCAAGGCGAAGAGAGCCGUUCAGAGAGGGGCCACAGCUGUCAUCUUUGACGUCUCUGAAAAUCCAGAUGCCAUCGACCAGUUGAACCAGAUUUCAGAGGACCCCUUAAAGAGGCCAGUGGUCUAUGUCAAAGGAGCCGAUGCUGUUAAACUGAUGAACAUAGUCAAUAAGCAAAAAGUUGCACGAGCCAGAAUCCAACAUAGACCACCAAGGCCCACAGAGUAUUUUGACAUGGGAAUCUUCCUGGCGUUCUUCGUUGUGGUGUCUCUGGUCUGCCUCAUCCUCCUCAUCAAGAUCAAGCUCAAGCAAAGACGCAGCCAGAGUUCCAUGAACCGGAUGGCUAUUCAGGCCCUGGAAAAGAUGGAAACACGCAAGUUCAAGGCUAAGGUCAAGGGUCAACGUGAGGCCAGCUGUGGAGCAUCAGACUCUGUGAGCAGUAGUUCCACAUCAGACUGUGCCAUAUGCCUUGAGAAAUACAUCGAUGGCGAGGAGUUGAGGGUUAUCCCUUGUGCACACCGAUUUCACAAGAAAUGUGUGGACCCUUGGCUACUUCAGCACCACACUUGUCCACACUGCAGGCACAACAUUAUUGAACAAAAAAAGGGAAACCCAGGUGCCGUUUGCCUGGAUCCAGGAAACCCAGUCCACAGCCGGCAGCAGAGAGUUGUCCUCCCUGUUCAUUAUCCAGGAAGGGUGCACAGAGCUGGGCAAGUGACGGCCUACCCUACACGGACCAGCAUGGACCCCCAUGGCAACCCCAUCACUGUUUUAACAGUGGACCAGCACCCUGAGCAGGGCCUCUAUCCUUCGCAAUCUUCCUUUAUACGGGGUUACCCUGCCCUCCAUUUGGACCACACACUAAACCCGCACCAUUGCGGCAUGGAGCAUCGUGGCCCUGCUUACCCACAAACCCAUACAUUCAAACGGCCCAAAUUCCAUGGACGCAACUUUUCUCGUGCUGCCUGCUUUUCCCAGUACGAGACCAUGUACCAGCACUACUAUUUUCAGGGCUUGACCUUUCCACAACCUGAAGGACAGCCUGGUAAUGGACUACACAAAGGUCACAGUCGACCCUUCCAGCCAGGACUUUUGUAUCCUACUGUGGUGCACAUGGCACCGGCUUCCUCUUCUCGUCUGGGUGACUCCGGAAGCACCUCAGGACUUAGUUGUUACCACGGGCACCGCUCUGUGUGUAGCGGUUACCUUGCGGACUGUCCUGGAAGUGACAGCAGCAGCAGUUCGGGUCAGUGCCACUGCUCCUCAAGUGACUCCAUGUUGGAUUGUACGGAAGUCAGCAACCAGGGCGUGUAUGGAAGCUGUUCGACGUUCCGGAGUUCGCUAAGCAGUGAUUACGAUCCCUACGUGUACAGAAGUAAGAGUCCGUGUCGGGGAUCGGCUGGGGAGGCUGGGACGCUGUUUUCUGCCGCCCCUCCAGCUGAUGACACUUCUGCCCCAGUAUCAGGGAUGAUGGACUGCCUACAACCUCCAGUUGGAGCGUGUUACAGUUCUGGGGACCAUUUGUCUAACUGCAGCCUGGAGCCCAAUUGUAGUAACCACUCUUCAGUGGAAACCAGGGAACUUACUAGCACUACCUCAGCCGGGCCUCUAGAGGGCUCUGUGGCAGAAAGGAGCCACAGCUCUGUGAAGCCUUGUGGAGAGCAAGGGGUAGCUUGCAACUGCUGUUUUGAGGUACCUAAAUUAAACUUAGAACGUAAAGGUAAGGAAGGAGAAGACCGAGGACGCUGCAGAUGGGCCGCAGAGUCUCAAGCGGUCGCUUCCCCACAGAACUUUUAUAGCGUUAGCACCGAGCAGCUACCGUCUCCAGAUCAUGUUAGCUAUGACGGACUGCCGUGCUGCUUUUACACAGAGAUGACUGUACACAGAGGAAGUGCUAGUAAUUACGCUGAAGAUUGUUCAGUUAACGUACAGUACGCCCAGACAGACAGUGACGGAUGCAUGGGUCAGGGUUGCUGUGAGCUAGCACAGCGAAUACCCAUAAUUCCUGAGGAUACAGACUGUGAAUUAGGCUUGGGUCCAGAACCACAAACAUGUUUGCUCCCUCCUAGACUUAACCUAGAGAGGGAAGAGAGGACUUCUGAGGAGAAUUGUGACUUGUUUUUCACCUCAGGACAAUGUAGAGGUCAAGUUUAUCAGCAGCCUCAGGAUGAAGAGGCGACAGCACUGUUUCCCUCACAGUGUCCUGGCGUGUCUGAAACACAAGGGGGUGGCAAAGCAUCUUAUGAUAGAUCAGGGCUCUGAUAGGAGACCCUAAAACAGCACAGGCUCUUGAAAAUCAAUAAAUGUUAGACUUUUAAAUAGUUGUGUUGUCAAAACUCUGGAGUGUACUUAUCAGAAAUGGUUUGCUUUUCAAAUUAAGAUUUUACAAUUGUACUUUUUUUCUUUUUUUUUUCCAGUGUUGAUCUUGUUCAUUCCUGUGGCCUUCAGAAUCUGUCACAUCAACACAAUGGUUAUAGAAGGCAAAAGUACAAAGCUAAAUAACAGCUAUAUUUGAAUUUCACAUACUUCCUCAUGCAUACAGAGCAUCAUUAUAUGAAUGCGUUCUUGAUUGGACUAGGACCAGGGAUAAUGUCUAAAUGUAUAUGACUAACUUUUACGUUUUUAUGACAAUUUAGAUUAUGCCUAAGUUCCAUGUUAUUAGCGCUAAGAUAAUUUGAAUGCUCUUUUUACAUUCAGAAUUGCAUGCGAGCAGUAAGAAGUCAUACAGCAUGUACAUACAUCUCAGUAAACUAAAUGAUUUCAUUUAGAGAGAAAAAAACCAAAAUGGAACACUUCAUGUGGAGGGAGUGCACAUCAGGUGCUGAGGUCAUUUCUCACCGACAACUUGGCUAGGUGUAAAAUCGGACUUGAAUAUGUACAUCUCCCUCUUUCUCUUCCUCUCUCAGGGCCUUUGUCUUUUUAGUACAGAAAUAGACCAUUAAAAAAAUUCCUUUUUAUUUUCCAAUACUUGUCAAUGGAGACUACUGAGCUACAUGUAUAUCACACCAAAGUUUAGUUUGUCUCCAGGGUACAGUCAAAACACCACUGGUUGAAUUAGAACCUGACUACUCUAGGGUUAGAGAUGUAGGAUGUCUAGUGUUUGACCCCUAAGUUGCUCUUUUUUUUAAAGCUAGCAGUUUGUCAGAAAGACGCCAAAGUAUAAUGGUUUAAAGAGAUUGGAAUGCAGUGGUAUAUAUAUAUUUAUAUGUAUCAAAAACAGCAUAAUUACCUUUAAUAACUACACAUUGCACUCAUGCUUUACACAUACAUCAUAUCAUCAUGCCUUUCUGUUUUUACAGAGUAUUUUAUACUGUUUCUAUGAAAUGUACCCAUACAGCUUACACAGGCGGUCAUUUUAAAAUAACUUUAUUUAUACAUAGACUAAAACAGUGCCGUAACAUGAGAAUCUACUCUUGCCUUGCAUAGAAAUAUGUACUGCAAAUAUAGCAUUUUUUCUGGGUACUUAAGUCACUAUUUAAUAUUUCGUAUUGUUUGUAGCACUUAAGAUUGUAUAAAAGAAAAUGUGUACAAAAAUUAAUAUUUUUUAAUUUUUUUAAAGAUAUAAUUAUUUUCUCCAUUAUCAUUUUACAAAUGUUAAAGGUUAGAGUUUGAUCUGUGUAUAUUUCUGUAUCUGUAUAGCAGCACAUUUCAUAAAUGGAAAUAUGUUCUCUGAAUAUUUAUUGACUAAUAUAUUUAUCUUUAAGCCAUGUCUUAUGUUCAGAGUGUCUGUGAGGUUCUUUUCUUUUUUCUUGAGAUCACUAAUAAGAGACUUUGUAAAUACAUGGUAAUUGCACACAAGACGAUUAAAUAUUCUCUGACCAAAAACUGAUUUAAAAAUUUUAGUACAGUUUUGUAACAAAGUGUACAAAGAUCUUUAAAAAAUAUAUGGUUUUAUUAAAGUAAAAACACAAUU